GUUUUUUUUGUAGUGCCACAGGCUCAUCGAGUCGUAAAUCGUGAUAACCUUCUGUGGUUUCGCCAAUAUCUUCGUUUUGUUCAGUUUUCGAAAUCUUUUUUUAUUGUAUAUCAGCCAUGUUAGUUUUGCUCAACGUUUAAGUUAUUCUCACUGGUUUGCCCAACAUUUUAGUUACUUUGACUGGUUUGCCUAACGUUUUACCAUUACUUUAAACUAACCUAACCUCGUUAAACAUUUAAAAAAGAAAAAUAUAAUACAUUUUUCUACUGUUAAUUAGUAACGAAGAUUAUAUUUAAAAUCAAGUAUCCAAUAAAAUCAUAUGAAAUAUUUUAACAACUUAUUCAAGCUUGUCUAUUGCACUAAAAGACAUAUGUCUUCUUCUAAAUUAUUGUUAUGGGAAAAUUCUAUGUUUGUUAACUUUUUGACUCCAACGAGUGAGACGAAACAAAAAAUCAUGGUAACACUAUUAUCUCCAUAUAACAAAUUAAAAAGAAUAAACUUGUGUCGAAAUUCAGAAGAUACAAUACAAGUAUUUAUUGACAGACUUUUUUUAAAACUAUCAAAAACUCAACGUAAUGUUAGCGAUGAUAAAAUGCUUAAGAGACAUUUUAUAGAAAUAAAAAUUAAAGGAAUCAAAGUACCAUGUACUUCUAAAUGUUAUCAAAUAUUUAAGGAUGAUUAUAUUACCCUUCACAUUAAAGAUCAUACGUAUGAAGUAAUAGUUGAUGCACCAAUAAUCAAUGAUCUUAAAUUGAGAACUUCUCUAUAUCAAGGACUAAUGAUAUAUCCUUAUACAUUUGAUCAAAAACGUGAUUGCAUUGUUUUUCACUAUUCGUGGUAUAGAAUUGAUUCAAAAAAAGAAAUUGAAGUAAGCAAUGAAAUGGCGUAUAUACCUACUGCCGAGGAUGUUAAUUGUCGUCUAAAAUUGAUUGUUAAACCUUUCAAUGAGGACAAUUUGUUAUUUGGACCUACAACAGAAGUAAUAUCUUCAACAGUCUUAGAAAAUACCAUUAAAAUCUAUCCAUUUGAAAAAAGAAUAAAAACUAAGCCGUAUAAUAGUAUUAGAGUUGUAUCAUACAAUAUACUAGCUGGAGAAUAUACAAAAACUAAAGAAGCAAAAAAUACAAUGUAUCCAUAUUGUCCAGAAGAAAUUUUGGCAUCCAGUUAUCGGAACCCUCUUGUAAUGAAAGAACUUCAAGCAUACAAUGGAGAUAUUAUUUGUCUGCAAGAAGUGGAUAAAGUUUUUUUUGAUAGAGAAUUAUAUCCUAUAUUAAAUUCAUACAAUAAAAUGACUGGAUUAUUUUUGAAGAAGAAUGGCCAUAGGAAUGAAGGAUUGUGUUGUUUUUAUUCCAAUAAAUUUAGAUUAUUAGAACAAUUUAAUAUUUGUUUGAACGAUCUGACUACUAUAGAAAUAUAUUGUGGGCCUAUUAUAAAAGAAAUUAUGGAUGAUAUAACAUGGAAACAAGGAUUAGAAAAAAAAACUGUUUUUCAAGUCGUAGCUUUAAAUUUGACAAAUGACAGUAGACAGAUAGUGUUGGUAUGCAAUACUCAUUUAAUAUCUGACCCAGAUGGUGAUUUUAUAAGAUUAUUUCAAGCUUUAAUUGAACUAAGUAUUAUUAAUAAAAUAAAACAAAAUCUAAUGAAAGAUGAUCCUAAAAGAAAUGUAUCGGUUAUAUUCUGUGGAGAUUUUAAUAGUACACCUGAAAGUGGCAUUUAUGAUUUAGCCACCGAUUUAUUAUUACCAGAGGAGCAUAGUAAAUUAAUUUUUGAUUAUUAUUGUAUACUUGAAUAUUUUUCUGGUCUAAAGUUUAUUUUAAGAAAAAUGUAUAGAUCUAUAGUCUACUCCAGGGCUCUCCAAACUACGGCCCACGGGCCGGAUGCGGCCCUCAAAUAA